GCCCCGGUCCCCGCGGAGUGGCGGGAGCGGCCGGGCAGCCCCGGCGGCCGCCGCCUCCUCGGCCCCCGGCUUCGGCGCGGGGAAGGACCGCAGCUAGAGGGAGCUGCUCCGGACCGCGUCUGCCCGUGCGCCCCGGUUCUUUCACAGGCUCCCCCGCCCCUCCCCUCCCUCCUUCCCCCGUGAUGGCGGAGGACAGCGAGUCCGCGGCCAGCCAGCAGAGCCUGGAGCUGGAUGACCAGGACACCUGCGGCAUAGACGGCGACAAUGAGGAGGAGACCGAGCACGCCAAGGGAAGUCCUGGAGGGGAUUUGGGAGCGAAGAAGAAGAAAAAGAAGCAGAAGAGAAAAAAGGAGAAACCAAAUUCUGGAGGCACCAAAUCAGAUUCUGCAUCUGAUUCCCAGGAGAUUAAAAUUCAACAACCUUCAAAAAAUCCAGCCAUUCCAAUGCAGAAGCUUCAAGACAUCCAGAGAGCAAUGGAGCUGCUCUCUGCAUGCCAAGGCCCAGCAAAGAAUAUUGAUGAGGCUACCAAACGUAAAUACCAGUUUUGGGAUACGCAACCUGUACCUAAACUUAAUGAAGUUAUAACUUCACAUGGUGCAAUUGAACCAGAUAAGGACAAUGUCCGCCUAGAGCCAUAUUCUUUGCCACAAGGUUUUAUGUGGGACACAUUGGAUCUUAGCAAUGCUGAAGUUCUGAAGGAGUUAUACACACUAUUAAAUGAGAAUUACGUAGAAGAUGAUGAUAAUAUGUUUAGGUUUGAUUAUUCACCUGAAUUUCUUCUGUGGGCAUUACGUCCUCCGGGCUGGUUACCUCAGUGGCACUGUGGGGUUAGAGUGUCUUCAAACAAAAAACUGGUAGGAUUCAUAAGUGCCAUCCCUGCAAAUAUUCGUAUUUAUGACAGUGUGAAGAAAAUGGUAGAAAUCAAUUUCCUAUGUGUCCAUAAGAAACUCAGAUCUAAACGGGUGGCGCCUGUACUGAUUCGGGAAAUAACCAGAAGAGUAAACUUGGAAGGAAUUUUUCAGGCUGUUUACACUGCUGGAGUGGUACUUCCCAAACCUGUGGCCACUUGCAGGUAUUGGCAUCGAUCACUAAAUCCCAGAAAAUUGGUGGAGGUGAAAUUUUCACAUUUGAGUAGAAACAUGACUCUACAAAGAACAAUGAAGCUCUACAGACUUCCUGAUGCCACAAAGACUUCAGGUUUGAGACCAAUGGAACAAAAAGAUACUAAAGCAGUACAAGAAUUAAUCAAUACUUACUUGAAACAGUUUAAUCUUGCUCCUGUGAUGGAUGAGGAAGAGGUGGCCCACUGGUUCCUGCCUCGGGAUCAUAUUAUUGACACUUACGUUGUAGAGGGUUCGAAUGGUAUUUUAACAGACUUCCUCAGUUUCUACACAUUACCUUCAACAGUGAUGCAUCAUCCUGUCCAUAAAAGCCUCAAAGCUGCCUAUUCCUUUUACAAUAUUCAUACAGAGACUCCCUUGUUGGAUUUAAUGAAUGAUGCACUCAUUAUAGCUAAAUUGAAAGGAUUCGAUGUGUUCAAUGCGCUAGACUUAAUGGAAAACAAAACAUUCCUGGAAAAACUCAAGUUUGGGAUUGGAGAUGGAAAUUUGCAGUAUUACUUGUACAACUGGAGGUGUCCAGGCAUGGAAUCUGAAAAGGUUGGCCUUGUAUUACAAUGAGAAUGCUUAUGUUUCUAGAACUCUUGAGGUCAUCGUUUGAGUUAAUUUGAUCUCCAUAACUCUUGAAAUGGUAUUGUUCAAGAGGAGUAAAGCACAACGUCAGUGAUACUGAAAUAGUCCAUUAAAUCUGAUCAAUGAAGA